CACACCCAUAUCCCAAUUUCACCAUUCUCAUUCUCCAAACUUGAACCAUAAUUGCAAAUCCAACCAAGAGUCACCAUGUCAUCUAGUGGAACCAUUUGGAGCUAUGAAGAAGAAAAAGCAUUUGAGAAUGCCAUCGCUUUGCAUUGGAUUGAGGAAGCCUCAAAAGACCAAUGGGAGAAGAUUGCUUCAGCUGUUCCCAGCAAAAGCAUAGAAGAAGUGAAGCAACAUUACCAGGUACUAGUAGAGGAUGUAAGUGCAAUAGAGGCUGGUCACAUAUCAUUCCCAAAUUAUGCUACUGAAGAAACCACAUCUUCAAAUAAGGAUUUUCAUGGCUCUUCAAAGGCUUCAACUUCAGAUAAGAGAUCAAAUUGUAAUUAUGGAAGUGGUUUUUCCGGGUUAGGACAUGACUCCACCACUCAUACUGGUAAAGGAGGCUUGUCAAGGUCAUCAGAACAAGAAAGGAGAAAAGGAAUUCCAUGGACUGAGGAGGAGCACAGGCUAUUUUUACUUGGUCUAGACAAGUUUGGAAAAGGAGAUUGGAGAAGCAUUUCAAGGAACUUUGUGAUUUCUAGGACUCCCACUCAAGUGGCAAGCCAUGCACAGAAGUACUUCAUAAGGUUGAAUUCUAUGAAUAGAGACAGAAGGAGGUCUAGUAUCCAUGAUAUUACUAGUGUCAACAAUGGAGAUGUGGUAAGUAAUCAAGCACCAAUUACAGGCCAACAUACAAGCACAAUAUCUUCAAGUACAAUGGCUGUAGGACAAUCAAUGAAGCAUAGAGUUCAGCCUCAUAUACCUGCUGGUUUAGGCAUGUAUGGAACACCAGUUGGCCAUCCUGUGGCAGCUCCACCAGGGCAUAUGGCAUCAGCAGUUGGAACUCCUGUCAUGCUUCCUCCUGGACCCCACCCCCAUCCUCAUGCCCAUCCUCAUGCCCAUCCUCAUCCACCUUAUGUUGUCCCUCUUGCUUAUCCAAUGGCUCCUCCAACAAUGCACCAAUAACAACCCCCUUUUUUUCAAUUUGUAGUUAGGUUUUUUUUUUAGUAUGGAUUAAAGUCCUUUUAUGUGGAAAGUCAUAAAUCGGUUGUGUUAAAUUCUACUCUAGUUUACGCUAAGAAAUUGUCGAAUCCAAUGGUGCUUGGUUUAUAUGUAGUAAUAGUGUAGAGUAUAUUUUAGUUGAUUUUGCUUGCCCCUUUCCUUGUUAGGUUGUGGAUGUAAUGUUAAGAAUUGCCUCGUGGUGUAUAUGAAGAUAGAUAUGAAUUUAAAUACCGGAAUUGAAGGUAAUGAAUGAAAUUCUCUUUAUU